AUGAACAAUGUCCUUGUCACUAAAGAAAUUAAAAUACUUAAAGUUUCUAAUUGUCAAAUCAUACAAAAUGACCGACCUAUCUUAUAUAAUGAUUUUAAUUAUAUCAUAGAAGUAUCCUGGUUUCUGAUAUUAAUCCUAAUAAAUAUCAAAUACUAUACGCAAUAUUUAUUAGGGUUACUGUAAUUGAUUAUUGUAUUUUUUAUUAUAUUAAAAGAUGAACCAUAAGCAACAUCAAUCUCAACAGCUAAUACAUACAACUACCAAAAAAUCUCGCUUUUAUACUCAAUCGUAAUUCUAUCCUACAUCUCUUUUAGGAACAAAAGUGAUCCAAAUAUUUAACAUGAUAGAGAAUAAAUGUUUUCAAAUCUUAAAUCAAUCAUUUAAAAUAAUCAAACUAUUCUUUCCUCAAGAACAGAGACUACUCCAAUAAUGAGAAAAAAAAAUGAAACUUCAAAAACUAGUUGCACUUGCAAUAUUUAAUGA